AUGUUGGCCAAAAAAGCCCAACAUCGCUUGUACUUCCUCUGCAAACUGAGAAGAGCCAGAGCCCUGGCCCCCAUCGUGCACACCUUCUACAGAGGCACAAUCAAGAGCACCCUGAUCCUCAUCCGCAAAGCCAUCAGGAUUGCUGGUGAUCCCACCCACCCAUCUCACAGCCUCUUCAACCUGCUGCUGUCAGGGAGGAGACUGUGGAGUCUCCGGGCCAAAACUAGCAGGCUUAAGGACAGUUUUAUCCACCAGGCGGUCAGGAACUGCGGUCAAGGCAAGCUGCCAGACAAAAUCAGUGAUAUAUCAGCUGGGAGGGACAAAGAGCAGGAGGACUCAGCAGCACUCAGAGACAGGAGAGCGAUUCCGGCUGACUUCAGCAGCAUCUACAGCAAAGACCUGCUCCCAGCUUCAGGAGGUCAAGAGAUUACUAGGGAGUUUUUGCAGGAGGUGGUUGCCAUCCUCUUGGGUUACAUCUGCAAGUCAACUCAGAGGAAUACCAAGGUCCUGGACUUCCACCAUCCUCACCAGCUGAAGGAGGGACUGGAGGGCUUCAGUGUGAAGCUGCCAGAACAACCGGAGACUCUGGAGCAGAUUCUCGUGGACUGUAGAGACACACUCAAAUACGGUGUCAGCACAGGCCAUCCCCGUUUUUUCAACCAGCUGUCCUCAGGUCUGGAUGUGGUUGGUGUUGCUGGUGAAUGGUUGACCUCUGUUGCCAACACUAACAUGUUUACUUAUGAAGUGGCUCCUGUUUUCACCCUCAUGGAGGAGGUUCUACUCAGGAAGAUGCACAGCAUGGUGGGAUGGUCUGAUGAUGAAGCAGAUGGAAUCUUCUGUCCAGGAGGCACCAUCUCCAACCUGUACAGCAUCCUGGUGGCCAGAUAUCACUUCAACCCCGAGGUGAAGACCAAAGGGAUGGGAGUUCUUCCUCCACUGGCUCUCUUCACAUCCGAGCAUAGUCACUAUUCAGUGAAGAAAUGUGCCGCCGUGCUGGGGAUGGGCAGUGACAAUGUGUUGGUGGUGAAAUGUGAUGAACGGGGGAAAAUGAUUCCUACUGAACUUGAGUCUUGCAUUGUUCAAGCUGAAAACAAGGGUUUGGUUCCAUUUUAUGUGAAUGCAACGGCAGGAACCACAGUAUUUGGUGCCUUUGAUCCUCUCAGUACCAUCGCAGACAUCUGCCACAAACACACACUCUGGAUGCAUGUCGAUGCAGCGUGGGGUGGAGGCCUGCUCAUGUCAGACAGACACAGCAUGAAACUACAGGGCAUCGAACAAGCUUGUUCUGUAACAUGGAAUCCUCACAAGUUGAUGGGAGUCCCUUUGCAGUGCUCGGUCAUACUGGUCAAGAAGAGAGGUCUCUUGCAGCAGUGUAAUGAGCUGGGGGCUGAGUACCUUUUCCAGCCGGAUAAACCGUACGAUGUGAGCUAUGAUGCUGGAGAUAAGAGCAUCCAGUGUGGUCGACAUGUUGAUGUCUUUAAGUUUUGGCUCAUGUGGAAAGCAAAGGGCUCAGAGGGUUUUGGAUCUCAGAUCAACAAAUGCUUAGAGAAUGCUGAGUAUCUGUAUGAUCAACUGCAGAGGAGGGCCGACUUUGAACUGGUCUUGAAAAACAAACCAGAGCACAGUAAUGUGUGUUUCUGGUACAUCCCUCCCAGUCUGAGAGGCCUGCCAGCUGGACCUGACAGGGAUGAAAGACUCCAUCAGGUGGCUCCCAGAAUCAAAGGCAGGAUGAUGGAGAAGGGCUCUCUUCUGAUUGGCUAUCAGCCUUUAGGAGCCAGAGUCAAUUUCUUCAGGUGUGUCUUCUCCAAUCCUGCGACACAGCAAGAGGACAUUGACUUCCUGCUGGACGAGAUUGCCCAACUGGGCUAUGACCUCUGAUCUCUCUUGUUAUGGUCAUGUUAAAGGAAACGAGUAGAUCUGAUAUUGCGAGUAGCUUUAUCUGAGUAGCUGUGCUGCAGUCAGUUGUAGGCAAAUAGACUUUUUUAAAAUCUCAUCUAACUGCACUUGAAAAACAUUUGCAACCGUCAACUGCUUGUGCUCCUAUUUACACUCAUUGUCUCUCUACCUAUGGUUUGUCAGUCAGCUCAUUAAAGGCAGUAUGUUUACUCUCGCUUAAAUGCUAUAGUUCACCAUUCAUACAUGUUCCACACACCUGCUGUUCAUGUACAUUUCAACUUUUUAAGAACCAAUCAAUGGUUAAAUGAUCCCUGCCUCUGGGCAGAUGCUGCAGGUGGUGCAAUUAGCCUGGAUGACACAUUUAAAGUCAGAUCAAUUCUUGACUCAUGACUUUCCCUGGUUUUUAAUUCUCAACUCUGAUGUAGUUAGAUGUAGUUAAGACCUCACUAAGACGUCCGUCUGAACCCUCAGAGAAUUGAAUGAUGCCACCUGAUGUGUGUCCAAGUGUCCAAGUGUGGAAGAAAUGUGACACUUCAUACUUCAUGUUGUAAAUGGUCUUUUCUAGUAUUGGUGUCCAAUCAAUUCUCAACACCCAUUUCAGUCACUUUUAUACAACACAUUUUUUGUCACACAUCUGUCAUACCGGGCCACACG